AUGACCAGGGUCAGUGUCCGACAUACCCGGUCUAAAGCAGAGCUUCAAAUGAUGAUGGACAGCUUGCAGCGACGAAAGGCAGCUGUGGAAGCCAGCAUACUGUCUAAUGCAGAGCGUCACCCCAACCUCAGCCUUUCCUCUCCACCUAACCCUCAUUUUACCAAAUCACACUUUCAAAAACAUCCGUCCAUCUCGGUUCGAAUCCCUUCCUCCUGCAGCCUUGGUGUGCCUUCUUCCCCUCGUCAUUCAAGACCUAUUCACACCUGCACUCAUAGCAGCAACCAGGACAACUUUUCACUUUUUCAAUUGGUUGACAGCUGCUGUCACAAAAUAGCUGGCUCUAAUCUCUCCAUGUGGAAUUGUACCUCUUUCAGGUCAGAUCCAUAUAAUGUAUAUCGCUGUGGCCUUAGUGGAGCUGCAAGCAUGCCCUCUAGUCCUAGGCUGGGCCGAAAACUUCUAAUACAAGAUGGAGAUGCCAUUAAUGAUCCCGCCACUUGCCAGAGGAAAUAUUCCACUAGUUCUCUGAAUGGGUUAGGAGGACACAGCCGUUCCCUUCACAGGCUGUACCGAGGGGAUGCUCCUUCACUCUCUCUGCCCCCUCAGCACUCAUCCAGGGAAAGAUGCAGCCUACCAUGCAUUGGCCGCUGUCCUGACGUGACUGUAACAUGCUUGAGCAAUGACUGUGGCCACAAGAGGACUCUUUCAUUUGAGAAAGGAGGGGUAGGCCAAGGGAUUGGCCAGUGGAGGGGAAGCAUAGGUUCACUAAGCAGCAAAAAUGAGCUUCAAGAUUACCAUAAAAAACAGCGAGAUGAAAGAUUGCGAGAGCAGGAAGUGGAGAGACUGGAGCGGCAACGUCUAAAAGCUAUAUUGAGUUUAUGUUCUAAAUUGGGCAGCCCAGAAUCAAGUUCUCCGGAACGCAGCCUUGGUGUCUGUGUCGUAUCAAACCUCCAGAAGAUCAGUCAUGAGCUGGAGAAGCUGCAGGUUUCGGAUAAUGAAUUUGGGUGUUCUGACUUGCACAGUGUUGGUGCUCCAGAAAACAGCUUGGUGCUUAAGGGAGAUGGACCACCACAAACCACCAACAUCCUGCAAACCUCUUUGAGUUCACCUUCACUGCAUGUGCACAACAAGUCCCUUCUGCCCCUGUAUCAGAGUUCCAAUUUUGGUAGCUUGCCCCCUUGUGUUCUCUCUCUCACCCCAAGAGACCUAGAUGUUUGCUGCCUGCUCAAGGAUGGUCACCAUUUUUUGAAUGACAAACAUCAGAGGCUGAGUAAGAUAGGCAGCAGCACUGUAUCUGGGUCAAAGAUUUACUUGAAUAACUGUGGUGCCAACUUUGACACAGUCAGUGUGGAGAGUUCAGACAGUCUGGAGACAAGCAUCUCAGUCUGCUCUCCUGACAUCAUCUCCAGUUAUGCCAGCAUAUCUAACAUACUUAAGAUAGAGGAGAUGGAGUGUCAGCUCAGAGAGGCACAGGCAGAAAAGAACAGACUCUUGGAACGCAGAGAGAGAGAAAUUGAGCAGCGCCAACAAGCCCUAGACGUGGAAAGAAGGAGGCGAGAGGAGCUGAAAUGGCAGCUUACAAAAGAGACCAACAUAAGACAAAAACUUAGAGAGAAGGAGGUAAAGCUCCGGGCGAGGCAAAGAACACAGUCACAUCCAGUGACCCGUUACCUGCCAGUUAGGAGAAAUGACUUUGACUUACGGAGUCACAUUGAAGCAUCAGGUCAUCACCCUGACACUUGCUUUCACCUUGUUAUCACUGAAAAGACAUGCCGAGGCUUUUUAAUCAAAAUGGGGGGGAAAAUUAAGACCUGGAAAAAGCGCUGGUUUGUUUUUGAUCGGAAUCGCAGGACCCUGGCAUACUAUGCAGAUAAGCAUGAAGCAAAAUCAAAAGGUGUCAUCUACUUUCAGGCAAUUGAGGAAGUAUAUUAUGAUCAUCUUAAAAAUGCAUAUAAGAGUCCAAACCCUUCACUGACAUUCAGUGUAAAGACACAUGAUCGAGUGUACUUCAUGGUAGCACCAUCUCCAGAGGCCAUGCGGAUCUGGAUGGAUGUGAUUGUUACCGGAGCAGAGGGUUGCUCACAGUUUCUGAUUUAAGCAGUUAGCUUUUUACUUCAUUUAACAUGGUUUGGUUCAGCCUUUGGAAAGGGCCUGCAUCAUGGUUAUAUCUGCUAUUUGAGGAAGACUUUUUAUUGCUCACCUUUUUAAGUGACAUUUUAUAUAUAAAUUUAUUAUAUUAGUGCUUCUUUUAGUAGUUAUUUUUUUUUAGAAGCUGAGAAAGGAUAUUAAAGGUUAUCAUAGCCAGGUCUAAGUUUUCCUUUAACAUUAGUAAAUGUCACAUUUUGGAGUUUGAGUUUAAUGAACCUUUGAAAACACCCUCACACUGCACCAAUAUUUUCUUUUUACAGUACCAUGUUUUAUUCCAUUUAGUAGAAUGGUAACCAGAGGAAAUGCUGUCUUAUUAUAUUUUAAUUACUUUUGUAUAACCAAUCAUAUUAUUUUAAAAGGUAAAGUUCUUUAAAGCUAUAUACCCAAAAGGGUGAGUCAAAACUUAGCUGUACUCUGGCUUUAGAAUUAAUUUUAACUUUCAGAAAAGACAAAUACAUAAUUUUUUUGACAUAAUCUCAUUUCAAACUCUUGCUUUUCAAAUACUCUUUGCUCAUCUAUCAACAAGUUUUUGUUUUCCCUCAAUAAAAAAAAGGCUGAGCUGCAAGCCAUGAAUGCAUUGCACUUCACCAAAGCUAAUCUUCAUCUGUGCAGGGCUGCUUUCAGGGGAUGAGGUAAAAGUUCUAUACAACAAGAUCAGAAAUAAGGAAGGAUUUAUGAACACCUCAAAAUGAAGUGUUUCCAUCCAAGUGAGCAGAGGUGUGCAGAUGUACAUUGUCAUGCAUUGACAAUGCCCUUGAAUAGCAAUAUUUUGCGUUUAAUCAGAAGUUUCAGCUUCAGCUCUUCAAUAAUCAGUAUAAUGAGCACUGUUGAUUGUUGAACUUUUUACCUGAUAAUGUUCCAAUACUAGCCCUUAAGAUUCUCAGAAAACUGUAAGCAUAAAUUUUCUAGCUGAUGGUUGACAUUUUAUUAUUAGUUAGAUGAUUCUCUGUAAGUAACUUUCACCUUUCUUUGAGUAUCAUUGUUCUCUUAACAAUAAACUUUCUUCUUCCCUUAUAGCACAGAGAGGUUCUGAAACCAUAGAGAAUAAUUUUGUCACAUGAAUUGACCGCCACAUAGCACUCCUUAAUCAAACUGAAAGGUCAUGAAGUAAAAUAUUGAAGCGUGCUACUUUGUAAUAGAUGCUAUUAUGCCACCAAUCUAAAAAAUUUUUUUUUUUACCAAAAAUAGCAUGUUUUUUGUUAUUUGAUUAUUAUGUAUUACAGUGUUUUUGUUACAUUGUUUUAUUACAUUAUUGAAACA